AUGCUACCUCCUCUCCUUUGUGUCUUCCUCUUCCUGAUCCUGGUGGGAGCCAGACCCCAGAAACAUGUGCUGAUGACGGUAGAAGAGGGAGAUGAUGCUGUUUUGAGCUGCCUCCAGGAGCCCCCCGAGAAGCCUUCGGAGCUCCUGGCCUGGUCUCGGAGCUCCCAGCUCAUACCCCUCUUAGAGCUGCGCCUGGGUGUGCCCGGCCUGGGCAUCCAGGUGGGGCCCCUGGGCAUCCUGCUGCUCAUCUCCAACGUCUCGGACCAGAUGGGAGGCUUCUACCUGUGCCAGCCAGGCCCCACUUCCGAGCAGGCCUGGCAGCCUGGCUGGACGGUCAGCGUGGAGGGCAGUGGGGAAAUGUUCAGGUGGAAUGCCUCAGACCUGGCCUGUGGCCUGGGGACCACGCCCUCAGAGGACCCCUUGUCCUCUUCGGACUCUGCCACCAGCUCCCAGGUGUACGUGUGGGCCAAAGAUCACCCUGAGACCUGGAAGUCAGACCCUGCAUGUGCCCCGUCUCAGGGCAGCUCCAACCAGAGUCUUGGCCAAGACCUCACCGUGGCCCCUGGCUCCGUACUCUGGCUCCCCUGUGGGGUCCCUCCUGCCUCUGUGGCCAGAGGCCCCAUCUCCUGGACGCAUGUGCACCCCAAGAAGCCUAACAUCUCAUUGCUGAGCCUCGAUCUGAAGGUGGAUGCCCCAGUCAGAGAGAUGUGGGUAUGGGGGACCCUCUGGGGAGGGCCUUUUCUGUUGCUGCCCCAGGUCACAGUUCAAGAUGCUGAUACCUAUCGCUGUCACCACGGCAACUGGACCAUGGAGAUAGAGCUGAAAGUCACUGCCAGGCCAGCCCUAUGGCACUGGCUGCUGCAGUCUGGAGGCUGGAAGGUACUGGUUGUGACUAUGGGUUAUCUGAUCUUCUGUCUGGGCUCCCUGGUGGCCUUUCUUCAUCUCCAAAGAAGCCUGACCCAGAGGAGGAAAAGAAAGCGAAUGACCGACCCCGCCAGGAGGUUCUUCAAAGCGACCCCGCCCCCAGGCAACGGGCCCCAGAGCCACUACGGGAAUGUGCUGUCCCUGCCCACGACCAGCAGCACCUCGGGCACGGGCCGGGCCCUGCAGUGGGCGGCUGGCCUGGGCAUCACUGCCCUGUCCUCUGGAAACCCAUACAACGACUACCUGGAGGCUGAAGCCCAGAGCCCAGAGGGAGCUGACCCGAAAGAAAAGGAAGAGGAAGCUUAUGAAGAGCCAGACAGUGACCAGGCCUCUGAGUUCUAUGAGAACGACGACAAUCACCUUGCGCAGGACCAGCUCUCCCGGGAUGGGAGUGGCUAUGAGAAUCCUGAGGCUGGGCCCUCCAGUCCUGAGGAGGAGGAGGAGGACUCCUUCUCCAGCGCUGAGUCUUAUGAGAAUGAGGAUGAAGAACUAGCCAGGCCGGCCCCCAGGACUGCAGACUUGCUGAGCCCCCAUGGGAUUGUCUGGGACCCCAGCCGGGAAGCAACUUCUCUUGCAGGGUCCCAGUCCUAUGAAGAUAUGCGAGGGAUCCUGUAUGCCGCCCCCCAGGUCCGCUUCCUGCCCGCCCAGUCUGGGCCCAAUCAAGAGGAAGAUGCAGACUCCUAUGAGAACAUGGAUAGCCCGGAAGGGCCGGAAGCCGCAUGGAAAGGAGGUGGCCACAUGGGGGCCUGGAGCCUCAGGUGA